AUGUCAAAGAACGCUGUGUAUUCUCCAUGUAAUUUACAAACAAUUGGAACUGGAGGUCCUGACGCUGGACAUAUCAGCCCCUCAGAAGCUUUGCCACCAGGUGUCCCCAAUAUCAGCCCUAAGCCAGUGUUUUUUGUUACGACUGGGAAGACACAGUUAUUGAAUUACUCAUUCCGAACUGGAGAAGAGUUUGCUCUUGAAUUCAUGCAAGACAGGGCAAACACAAGGAAGCCUUUGGUUUCAAUCACCUCUGAUGAUAGGAACAUCAAAACCAGCUACACUCCUUGGGGGGAAGAAGCUAAUAUUUCUGGAGAUAAACCAUCAAAGAAGCUGCUGACAUUUCCUUCAAUCAGUGAAACUCAUCAACAAACAAAUAAGAGGUACCAACAAGAGAUAUAUAACUCUGGAUCAACUAGAAUGAAGUUCCUUUGCAACUUUGGUGGCAGAUUCCUACCAAGGCCAGUAGAUGGAAAGCUCCGGUAUGUUGGUGGUGAAAAGCAUCUGAUUCAGAUAAGUCAAGGAUUGUCAUGGCAAGAACUGAUCAGCAAGACAACCAAGCUCAUCAGGCAAGCUCACAUAGUCAAGUACCAUUUGCCAGGAGAGCAAGUGAAUGUGCUCAUCUCUGUUGCCUCUGAUGAUGAUGUUUACCAUAUGAUUGAUGAGUGCAUUGUCCUAGAAGAAAGCAAAGAACGGUCAACUAUGUACCUAUUUACUGAUGAAGAUGAUGAGCACCAUGUACAUUUUGUGGUAGGAAGCUCAUCAGAUGAAGAUACUGAAGCACAAUACAUUGCUCUGAUAAAUGGAUACAGAUACACUGGACCAGGUGAGAAAUUAAGUGCACGAGGACCUGGGAGUGCAUCAGCCAGUGAUCUGGAUCAGCUGAUGUUUGAUAUUGAUGACGCAGGAUCACUGACAGGCACAGGCAGGACAGAAGAAGCUUCAGCAUGCCUUAGAAGCAAGCAUUCACAAAAUAUUGUUACAGAAACAUCAAAAGAAUCCAGGAUUCCUCUACAUAAGUUUCCUCCCAUUAUCAUGGAACAAAUGACCAAUCAAGACUGUGCUAUACAGAGUAAUAAAGGCGAGGCGAGCUCCUAUCCUACCAGAAAGCAGUCAAGAAAUGUUAACCUUGCUUCAUCCAUGCCGUUGGAAUUCACAUAUCCGUCUAAGUGGGAGCAAAAUGGUAGUAACAGCACCUCAAGGCAGAUUCCUGAACUGCACAGGACAGCAACCGACAUAUCCAAGAUAGGUCAUAAUGCAGAAAGAGAUAAGGAAAGAGAUUAUCAAAAACCAGUGCACAAAUGGCCGAGUUCUGAUGAAAGCAUGAUAAACACAAGAUGUAGCUCCCAAGAAGACAUCAUCCCUUAUUCUGAUACAGAUCAGCUCAACAAAAUUAGAAGCACUAAGUUACAAAACAGGACAGAGUGGCUUGCUCCUACCCAGAUAUCUGGGUCAAAUGAAGCAGGAACUCACAUUUUGUGGGAUGACACACACAUCAAUGUGACGAAUCCAUACACCCAUGAGCAGGUAUUUUCAGUGAAUACUACCGGUUGUAUAGAGCAUAUUCUUCCUGAUGUCAUGCACACUGAUGUGGCCAAGAAAGAUAAUCUUUCUAUGCCAAUGGUCUAUGACAGUGAAAUGGCAUGUUCCCCACGUCCUUUUACAUCUUCAGACAACAAGGCAGCUGAGCUGCAAAAAAAUAGGCAUGUGCAUGCUUCUGGAGAAAAACAGCAAGCUUCUCCCGAUAGCAGACAGCAGGACAUACAGAUUGCUAGGUCUACUUCACUGGGAGGUGAAGGCAACCAUAUGCAGAUUGGAUCUUUAUCAGAAGAAGUUACAGAAAAUUUUCCAUCAUCAAUCUCAGAGCUUGAGGUACACGAAACCAGGGAAAAUAAACAAGCCCUUCCUGCAAAUGCAACAUUGGACAGAGACAUUAUAAGCAACGUACAGGUAAUAAGCAAUGAGGACCUCGAAGAUCUGCAGGAGAUGGGCUCUGGUGCAUUUGGAACUGUCUUCCAUGGAAGAUGGAGAGGAACAGAUGUUGCCAUCAAACGGAUAAAGAACAGCUGCUUCAUGUAUUCAUCACCUGAGACAGAUAAACUGAUUGUGGAGUUUUGGAGAGAAGCAGCAAUCCUCUCGAAACUUCACCACCCUAAUGUGCUGGCAUUCUACGGGAUUGUGAAUAAUGGACCUGGGGGGACAUUAGCAACUGUGACAGAAUUCAUGGCAAGUGGAUCUCUCAAGAAAGUCCUUUUGCACAAACAAAAAUUACUUGACCGGCGCAAACGGAUUACUCUUGCUAUGGAUGUGGCUAUUGGAAUGGAGUACUUGCAUUCUAAGGAUAUAAUUCAUUUCGAUUUGAAAUGUGACAACUUACUGGUGAAUCUCAAUGAUCCAUCUCGUCCGAUAUGCAAGGUAUCUGAUUUUGGUUUGUCCAAGGUGAAACAAACUACAAUGGUCUCAGGUGGGAUGAGGGGAACUCUUCCAUGGAUGGCUCCUGAAAUGCUUGAAAUGAGCAGCAAUAUGGUAUCAACCAAGGUUGAUGUGUAUUCUUUUGGAAUCAUAAUGUGGGAAAUACUCACGGGCCAGGAACCAUAUGCUGGCAUGCACCAUGGAGGAGUUAUAGGAGGAAUUUUGAGCAACACAUUGAGGCCACCGGUGCCAGCAUCAUGUGAUCCACAAUGGAGGGAACUGAUGGAGCGGCGGAAGGUUACUGCCGAUGACCUAUGGACAGAGAGUGGCAGCAGUAAGAGUGGGAAGAACUGGAAAAGGAAGAGUUCUUGGGAGUUUGGUGAAGACGACAACGAUGACUUUGAGGCUGAUUUCGAGGGAUUUGUGGAUGGUGAUAGCGAGGAAGAUGAGUUCCAAAUGAACAGUUCAAAUCUCGUGGUGGGGUUCAAUGUUCAUACUGCCAAAGUGGCCAGCAGGAAGAGAAGGACACAGUAUAGUGGGAUCCGGCGGCGCCCUUGGGGCAAAUGGGCAGCUGAGAUCAGAGACCCAUGCAAGGGCGUCCGAGUCUGGCUUGGCACCUACAGCACUGCUGAAGAGGCUGCAAGAGCCUAUGACAUGGCAGCCUGGCGCAUACGUGGCAAGAAAGCCAAGGUGAACUUCCCCGACGCCAUCACACAUCCCGAGAAACGCCGGGGGCGUGUGACUCAACCAGGAAAGAAGAUUACGUCACAGGAGGUGCUGAAACUUGACGACACCUCUGUCGAUCAUGUCAUCUCAGCUGGCAGCAGCACUGAUGAUGCCACCGUCAUCAAGCUUGAGUUGCCAGACUCAGCUUCUCUGCCACCCAUGUCCAGCGCAUGGCUUGAUGCGUUUGAGCUGAAUCAGGUCAACGAGUUGAGCUACCUUGAAGCUGAAGGGAAACGCGUAGCUGAAGAAAUUGUUGGGGUGACAGAUAUGGUUUUUGGCAAUGGCGAAGCGAGGACUGCCGAUGAUUUUGGGUAUUAUGAGCCUUUCCCGAACUUCAUGCAGUUACCUUACAUCGAAGGUAACUCAUAUGAAAACAUCGACGCCCUUUUUUCAACGGUGGCGCCCGUUCAGGAGGGCGUCAACAUUGAUGUCUCUGGAGUUUCGACGACGUGCCAAUGGACCACGGUGUUUACGGAGACGCAACAGCUCAAGGAUCAUAGUUUCAGGUUGGGGCGAGGGAAGGUGAUGUUGUAUCUUGCUACUGUUGGCCUGAUGGAAGCACCAGUAUUGGUGGUUAAAUUCAAUCCAACUGAACCUAUUCAACUUGUACAUGAGUGUCUCAAUGUUCCAACUCUCAAAAGGAGUUCUUGGGGCUCAAAAGGAGUUCCUGGAGAAUGGCGUGAAAUUUGA